AUGAGCAUCACCAUUGCAUUGACCAUGACAUCCCAGAGUGAGCAGAGUCCUCAGCAGCACGCGUUAGCAGUGGGCAUUGCGGCCCAAGGAGAGGAAGCAAGACUACGUACAGCCCAGCGUUUUAAAUGCUGGCUUACAGGGGGUCUUGUCAACCAAAUAUCCCGCUUGCUGCCGGUGAGAAACGCUGCGGCACUGGCAGAGCACGUCCAGCUCCUGGAUGUUCAUCGAAAGAAUGACCUGAACAAUCUGCAGUUUUAUUGCUUUCUCCCAUAUGCGACAAACCUGAAGAAGGACCAGAUCAUGCCGCUGUUUGACUUGCUGGACCGAAACCUGAGGGGUGCAGCACGUGCCGAUGCCCUUCAGCCUCCCCAGCAUCACCGACAGCCCAUGCUGGGAGAGACCGGUGCCUUUUCAGGGAAAAGCAGCGAGGAUGGCAGGCUGCGGCGAGGGAGAGGGGUGAACCCUCUCGAAAAGCCGUUCGUCCCCCAGCACGCCAGACCUGCCUUUCAACUGCUGGAUGGGGAUGGGGAUAAUCUGGUUGACUUUAAUGAGUUUGAAGCCACAAGGUUUCUCUUCAACAUCCAGAAAGCGGAACUUAAGAUAUUCAAGGUCUUUGAUAUUUCUAGGGAUGAUCCGCUCAACUAUAGGGAAUUCACGAUGUUUGCAGUCUUCCGCACUGACAAACAACAACAAAAAGAGGAGAGGGACCAUGAACAGCCUCCCAGCAGAAUCAGCGACCUCCCAGCAGACCAACAAGAACCCUUUACCCAGCUGGCAACAACAAGCCUCGCUUCUCCAUCCCCCUGGGCUCAGCUUACAGCCGCCAGAUAG